GAUCUACACGACUGCAUUUCUUUGGUGGUGUGUUUGCUGAAGUGUGAAAAGAUCCACAAUGAACGGUCUGAACGGACACAGCAACGGCGAGGUGAACGGCGCCGGCGACAUCAUCACCCAAAACCAGCAGAAGGGCUGGUGGACCAUCGGGCUCAUCAACUCGAGGUACCGGUACCUCACCGCGGAGACCUUCGGUUUUAAGAUAAACGCCAACGGCACUAGCCUUAAGAAAAAACAGAUAUGGACGUUGGAGCCAGCGUCAGGAAAUGCAAAUGACAGUAUGAUCUACUUGCGUUCUCACCUGGACAAAUACUUGGCUGUCGACUCAUUCGGGAACGUCACCUGUGAGUCUGAGGAGAAGGAACCAGGCAGCAAGUUCCAGAUCAGUGUAUCAGAAGACAACAGUGGACGAUGGGCGUUGAAGAACGUAGAGCGAGGCUACUUCCUGGGCUCCAGCUCGGACAAGCUGUGCUGCACAGCGAAGGUGCCCGGCGAUGCGGAGCUCUGGCACGUGCACCUGGCUGCCAGACCUCAGGUGAAUCUCCGUUCCAUCGGUCGCAAGCGGUUCGCUCACCUGUCCGAGUCGCUGGAUGAGAUCCACGUGGACGCGAACGUGCCCUGGGGCGAGGACACGCUGUUCACGCUGGAGUUCCGCGCCGACGAGGGCGGCAAGUACGCCCUGCACACAUGCAACAACAAGUACCUCAGCGCCGGUGGAAAGUUGUUGGACACGUGCACGGAGGUGUGCCUGUUCAGCGCGGAGUACCACGCGGGCGCGCUGGCGCUGCGCGACGGCUCCGGCGCGUACCUCGCGCCCAUCGGCUCCAAGGCCGUGCUCAAGACGCGCUCCACCGCCGUCACCAGGGACGAACUGUUCUCGCUAGAGGACAGUCUGCCGCAGGCGGCCUUCGUUGCGGCCUUGAACGAGAAAUAUGUCUCCGUCAAACAAGGUGUAGACGUGACCGCGAACCAGGACGAGAUAUCGUCACACGAGACGUUCCAGCUGGAGUUCGACUGGGCCACCCGCCGCUGGUACAUCCGCACCAUGCAGGACCGGUACUGGACCCUCGAGACCGGCGGCGGCAUACAGGCCAGCGGCGAUAACAAAUCAUCUAACGCGCUGUUCGAGCUGGACUGGCAGGGCGACGGCGCGGUCGCGUUCCGCGCCAACAACGGCAAGUACCUGAUGACCAAACGCUCCGGGCACCUGUACGCCAACGCUGACACCAUCGACGACAACUGCAAAUACUAUUUCUAUCUUAUCAACAGGCCGAUAUUGGUAUUGAAGUGUGAGCAAGGUUUCGUUGGACCGAAGGGAGUGCGGCUCGAGUGCAACAAAGCCAAUUAUGAGACCAUCCAGGUGGUGCGGGGGCCUAAGGGAGCCGUUUACUUCAAAGGACAAAACGGCAAAUACUGGCACGCGGACGGCGAGAGCGUGACGUGCGACUCGGAUAGCGCGCAGGGCUUCCACCUGGAGUUGCGUGAGCCCACGCGCCUCGCCAUCCGCGCGGCCGCCGAGCGCCAGUACCUCGCCGCCGCCAAGAACGGGAACUUCCGCCUCGCCGGGCCCGACCUCGCGCACGCCACGCACUGGGAGUACUAACCGUUUGAUACGCGCACCGCCAACAUGCACGCACUAUACGCAUCGCGGGUCCUCAAUAUAAACUUCUCCUUUUUGGUUCUUUCUAGUGAAUCAUUUUCGUUGUAUCGCCCCCGUCGUACUUCUGUCUCUUAUUUUACAAUGAUAAAAAAGUUCAAUCGGAAUAGAAUGGAUGACGAAGCUGUCCUCCAUAUACCGAUUACGGUCCCGAUCGCCUAACGAAUCCCAUUUCAAUGGUAGAUGACUGCCUGAGGACGUUCCGAUGAACUUGAUGACAGAGGUGGUUUUACGUGUUAGUGAUUUACUUUAUCUCCUGCAUUUAUACUUCGUUCAGUAGUUCCAAAAUAAGCAGAUCGUCGAAAGCUCUGAUGAUAGUAUUUUUUUGUAACCCGUGAUGGUGAAUAGGUGUAAACGCCGCAGAUCCCUCUCUGAUGAGACUUUGCGUUGCAUAAUGUACUUAAUUCCGAAGAAUUUAAGUUAUAUAUUGAAAUCAGACUUCUCUGAUUCCCGCGUAAACGACCGCCUCGACAUGUGAGGAAUUUGCGGCAUAUUUAGUUAGCUCGAGCUAGUAAUGAUUAUGAUAAGCUGACGAAUACCCGAUAUUUGAAAACGGGAACAAGAGUCGAUCCGAGUGAUCGUUUCAAAUCUCCCGACUUUGUUAUCUUCUAUGAUAAGCGAAUCGUUAAAACGGUCACUUCAGUCGACUCUCGCCUGAAGAGAUUCACGCGAAACGCAUCAUGUUUGAAUCUCUUUAGACCAUAAUACUCUUCCGGUAGUUUACUGUUAUCUGAGUCCGCUAGGCAUGAAACUUGUAUUAAUUGUCGAUUGAAAAUGUUAAAUUGGCGGGCGAAAGUUUUUAGUUGACGCCGUUCUGAAAAUUUGUCGCCAUAUUGUGUACAAAUCCACAAGAUGGCUCCGAACGACCCAAACAGCUGAUUCUGGCGGGAAUCUGCUGCGAAUGGAAAGC